AUUCCGAAAUUGCUUAUCUGCAACGGUAACCUCUGUACAAACUCUCUAUAUAAUCCAACACCUCCUCUGCUUCACUUUCCAUUCUCUCUCUCUCUCUCUCUCUCUCUCUAACCUUUCACACCGAUUCCGUGAAGUUCCUUCUCCUUCUCUCUGUGAAUAUAUAUAAAAUUUUAUUCAUAUAUAUUUAUAGAUCAUUCUGACCCACAUGGCUUUUCAGAGAUUUCUCUGCCUUUUCUUGAUUAUCUUCACUGGUUUAAUCUGUACGUCCAACGCUUAUAGAUUCAUUGUUGGUGGCGGAGACGGUUGGGUCUUAAGCCCUUUUGAGAACUACAACCACUGGGCUCAGAGAAAUAGGUUUCAAGUCAAUGACACUCUCUUUUUUAAGUACAAGAAUGGAUCAGACUCUGUUCUAGUUGUGAAGAAAGAUGAUUAUGACAAGUGCAACACAGAGAAGCCAAUCAUGAAGAUGGACGAUGGUGAUUCAGUCUUCAAGUUUGAUCGGUCGGGUCCAUUCUUCUUCAUCAGUGGAAACAAAGAUAAUUGCCAAAAGGGUCAGAAGCUCAUCGUUGUUGUUUUGGCAGUCAGAAACCAUCACAAGUCUCCUCCGGCGCCGGUGGGUCAGACUCCGGCAUCGUCACCGUCACCAACAAAGUCCUCCCCUUCGCCGGCCCCAGCUACAACACCAUCUCCAAUUUCUCACACUACGCCGGCAACUUCACCGUCACCCACAGGAUCCUCCCCUUCGUCGGCCCCAUUCACAACACCCGUACUGUCACCAUCUCCAAUUUCUCACACUCCGCCGGCAACGUCACCCAUCUCUCCAUCUCCGGUGACUAUGCCUCCGGUAAGUUCUCCGGUGCGAGCUAUGACACCCAAAUCGCCUUAUCCGGCUACCCACUCCCCGGUCCCGCCUCCAACCUCAGUUGUCUCACCGGCACCGUCAAUUGCACCAGUAACCGCUUCUCCAGUGAAUACUCCGACAACCUCGCCUUCUGCAGCACCAAUAGUUGUAACUCCUCCAUCUCCAUCGACAUCAUUGCCUCCGGCGACGUCUAGCUCCGGCAGUCCUACGGCGGACGUCAUUGCACCGACACCACCUCGUUCAUCUGCACCGGCUGUUUUUACUCAUUCAGUUGUGUUUGUGUCAUGGUUGUCACUUGUGUUGAGUGUGGCUCUGUAAGUGCUCACUAGGAUCAUGAAAAAAAUAUGAUAUAGAACUGGGUUUUGUUCAUCGGUGGAUUCCAUUAGUCCUUGUUAUUGAUUUGUUCGUUUCUGGUUUCUUAGAUUAUUGGACAGAUGGAUUUGGUAUUAUUUUUUAUGUUUUGAUCGGUGUUUGAUUGAGUUUUAAUGGACAUAAUGUACGCAUUUAUGAGUAAA